AUGGACGAUCUGAAUAAGGAACUGGGUGGCGAUGACGCAAUAGGCCGAUGCGACGGCCAGAACAACAAAGCCGUUGCUCAGGCCAGAUGGCAUGGCAUAAGCCUUAGUGAACGGAUGAAAUCAAAUCGAUUAGCCGAAACGUAUGCAAAUGCCUCUUUGACUUUGGAUAGAAGGUCAAAACUGAAAAUGAGCCAUCAAGAGUCAUUCGACCUGAAUGAAGACAUCAAAACCAAAAGUGGAGUACUCGCAACUGUACUAGUUCUCACUCCGACCAUCGUUGUUCAUGCCCAACUCUCCGAGUGCCUCAAUGGAGGAAUUGGACGUGAGUUUGAAAAUAUCUUCAUCGAAACGGUAGCGACUGCAUGUAUAAAUGGAGCUUGCGUGAACAGCUCGUAUCGAUGCAUUACCACCAGUGUCGGCCAAGUGUGCUGUGAAAUAUCGCAGAUUCGAACCGUUGGUCAAACGGCAGUGACUAGCAGUGCUUGCGUCGAUCGUAUAAAUCCCCGGACAGGCAGAUCGGAUUGCCCGUAUGUGACGGGCCUAUGUGGCGAUGCGAGAUACCGUCAAAUCAUGCAGCAACAAUGUCCAAGAACUUGUGUAUGCCAGGAUCUGGUGAACACACUCACGGGAAUGUCCGACUGUGGAAGGAUGCAACAGUAUUGUCGAAAUCCUUACUAUCAAACACUUAUGAGUCAGCAGUGCCCAAGAACCUGCGGCUACUGCGCUGUCCAAGGCUAA